CGUUCACACUCCUCUCCACUACGCAGUCCUGAGUGCAGCUUACAAGCACAGGUUUCCUGGCUGUGUGGGGGCUGCAGCGAAGGAUUCUUCGCACUAAGCUCGCCCGCAGUCAUUCCCUUCCGGAGGUCAUUCCCUUCCGGAGCUCUACGUGAGCAGCAGCCGCAGCGCCCUCCCCGCUUUGCCCCAGGGUUAGUCCUCGUCCUAAACACGGAUCAUUGCCUGACGAGUUGGGGUGGCCAUCUCUGCGCUGGCGGGCAUCAGCUGAAGACUCCUGCGACUCCUCCCAGCACUCUUCUACCCAGUGCCGGGCUGUGUCCGAGGAGGUGCAGUUGCGGGGCUGGUGGAAGAGGGCAGCUUCCAGCCGUCAGUUUUCCAGCAUUCCCUCUGUACUCCAGUACAGCUAUGAGAGCCAGUCAAGAAGACUUUGAAAGGGCAAAGGGGCAAGUGAAACUCUUGAAGGAGGAUCCAGGAAAUGAAGUGAAACUAAAACUCUAUGCGCUGUUUAAACAGGCUACUGAGGGGCCUUGUACCUCACCAAAGCCAGGUAUGCUUGACUUUGUCAGCAAGGCAAAAUGGGAUGCGUGGAAUGCUCUUGGCAGCUUGCCAAAGGACACUGCCAGGCAGAAUUAUGUGGAUUUAGUAUCAAGUCUGGUUUCCUCUCAGUCCUUAAGCCAAGAAAAGACUUCUUCUAAUGAUAAAAAAUCUGAAUAUGAAAACUUGGUAGUCACCAGGGAAGGCAAUAUUACAAAGAUCAUGUUAAACCGCCCCACCAAGAAAAAUUCUAUUAAUGUUAAGACAUAUAAUGAAAUUAUGCAAGCCCUCGAAGCUGCGGGCAAGGAUGACUCGUUCCUAACCGUUAUCACAGGAAAUGGUGAUUAUUAUUCCAGUGGGAAUGACUUAAGUCAAUUUGCAGCAGUUCUACCAGAUGAAAUUGAAAAGAGAAUUAAAGACAGCUCCAUGUUACUGAGGAAAUUUGUUGACCAUUUUAUAGAUUUCCCCAAGCCCCUAGUUGCAGUGGUAAAUGGCCCUGCUAUAGGAAUCCCAGUUACACUUCUUCCUCUAUUUGACCUCGUAUAUGCAACUGACAGGGCAACAUUUCAGACACCAUUUGCUCAGCUGGGCCAGAGUCCAGAGGCAUGCUCCUCUUAUACCUUUCCAAAGAUAAUGGGUCCAGUCAAGGCAGUUGAGAUGCUUAUUUUUGGAAAGAAGUUGACAGCCCGAGAAGCUUAUGCUCAAGGACUUGUUACUGAGGUUUUUCCUGAUAGCACUUUUCAGAAAGAAGUUUGGACCAGGUUGAAGGCAUACUCGCGACUGCCCGCACAGACUGUGAUGGCUUCAAAACAGUUGCUUCGAGGUUUUGAAAAAGAGACACUGCACAGAGUUAAUUUUGAAGAAUGUACUUUACUUUGUGAAAGAUGGCACUCUGAUGACUGUAUAAAUGCCAUUAUAAACUUCAUGAAUAGAAAGUCAAAACUCUGAUGGUUUUGAAAAUGAAGAUCAAACAUUUUUGAAGCCAUAAUUAAUUUCCUCUUGUUUAAUACACAUGGGCUAAAACCAGGGUGCCUUUUGCCAUUAUUGAUAACUGUAUUUCACUGUGGACCCACAUAAUUAUAUUAAGUGAGUGUUAGGGCUCCAGUAAAACUGUUUUCUGUAAUUGUUUAUAUUUCUUAUUUUUUGCCAUGAAUUUAUGG